AUGAGCGGAAACGGACGACCUACGCUUUUGCGGACUCCGCCGGAUGAUCCGAAUAAGGCGCCACUCGAGAAUGCUAUUGAGAUUGUAGAACUGGGUGUCCUGGGACCUGACAUGUUCACAAACGCCCGCCAGGCAUGGCAUCCCCCCGGCGCCCGCGGCAUCUUCGGCGGCGUCCCCAUAGCCCAAAGCAUCGCAGCAGGCCAACGGACCGUUAACGAAGACUUCGUGAUCCACUCAUGUCACUGCUACUUCCUCCUCGCGGGGAACAACGCCAUCCCCAUCACAUACCACGUCGAGCGAGUCCGCGACGGCCGCAGCUUCGCCACGCGCACUGUGCAAGCCCGCCAGCGCGGCCGAUGCAUCUUCACGACGACGAUGAGUUUCGUCAGGUCCGGCUCGGGAGGCGAGAAGUUGAUCAAGCACGCCGUGGGCAUGAGUCCUGACGAGAAGCGCCAAGGGGCCGUAGACUCGACGGACGUCAUCGAGUGGCAGGGCGUGACGGUCACAGGAGAGGGCUCGACGCCGGACAGGAGGAAGUGUACGCAUUGGGUGAGGGCCAAGGGGAAGAUCACCGGCGGACAGGCGGCGCAUAUCGAGGCUUUGGCGUAUAUCACGGAUUCGUAUUUCCUGGGCACCAUCCCGCGGAUCCAUGGCAUGUUCAAGGUGCCGCCUCCAUCGGAGCCGUCGUCGUUUAAGCUAGGGAUGAUGGUGUCGCUCGAUCAUAGCAUUUACUUCCAUGAGCCUACGGCUAUCAGGGCCGAUGAGUGGAUGUUUGCGGAGAUGGAGAGCCCCUGGGCUGGUGAUGGGAGGGGCGUAGUCACGCAGAGGGUGUUUUCGGCGGAUGGGACGCUGUUGGUGACGUGUGUGCAGGAGGGGGUGUUGCGGUUGCAGCAGGAGCAGGAAGGGGAACGGGGGGAGAAGGUGGAGGAGGAGGAGACGGGCAAGGCGAAGUUAUAG